UGGAAAGGAGGCACAGCCUGCUGGGUGCCCAAGCCCACAAGGGCCGCAGGCCUGCAGUUCCAUCCACCGUCUCGGAUGCUUGUCUGGACCAUAGAAACCAAUAUCGCGGGUGUGGCUUUAAUCUGUCCAACAACAGAUUCUGUCCUAUGAUGAAUCCAUACACCAUGAAAAAACAGCCUCUGCAUCAGUUUGUACAAAGACCACUUUUCCCACUGCCUGCAACCUUACGUAACACAGUGAGAUACAUGUUUAUUCAAACACAAGAUACCCCAAAUCCCAACAGUUUAAAGUUUAUUCCAGGAAAACCAGUUCUUGAGACAAGAACCAUGGAUUUUCCAACACCAGCUGCAGCAUUUCGCUCACCUCUGGCUAGGCAACUAUUUAGGAUUGAAGGAGUAAAAAGUGUCUUUUUUGGACCAGAUUUCAUCACUGUUACAAAGGAAAGUGAAGAGUUAGACUGGAAUUUACUGAAACCAGAUAUUUAUGCAACAAUCAUGGAUUUCUUUGCUUCUGGCUUACCCUUAGUUACUGAGGAGACAUCUUCAGGAGAAGCAGGAUCUGAAGAAGAUGAUGAAGUUGUGGCAAUGAUUAAGGAAUUGUUAGAUACCAGAAUACGGCCAACUGUGCAGGAAGAUGGAGGAGACGUUAUCUAUAAAGGCUUUGAAGAUGGCAUUGUACAGCUCAAACUCCAAGGUUCUUGUACCAGCUGUCCCAGCUCAAUGAUUACUCUGAAAAAUGGAAUUCAGAACAUGCUGCAGUUUUAUAUUCCAGAAGUAGAGGGUGUAGAACAGGUUAUGGAUGAUGAAUCUGAUGAAAAAGAAGCAAACUCACCUUGAAAUAAUUAGAGUUUUCUUUGGGCCCAGCAGUUGGACUUCUUGAUAAUAUAUACCAAGCUUUUCUUAUUAAUCUGCUAAGGAACUUGAGGAUUAAUAAAAUAUGUCCUUUUUUCAGAGA